AUGGUUGAGUGUGGAGAGCUUCGACUAAAGUACCCGUUUUGGGGGUUAGAUCGUCCGGCAUACUGCGGCCACCCUGGUUUUCAGCUAAUCUGCCAAUCGAAUGUUCCCCUACUCAAUUACGAAUCAGUAAACUACCGAGUUUUGGAUACGGAUAGCAGUACACAGACAAUCGUCAUCGCUAGAAACGAUCUGUGGACAACCUUCUGCCCUCAAACUCUAUACAACACCUCCUACAACUCGACGCUAUUCAAAGGCAAUAAAUUUAACCAGCAGAAUGUGUCUUCGUACUACGAUUGUGGUACUACUAUACAAGGGAUGGGGUUGGGUAAUAAUUACCGAUUUACUUGCACUGUGAAUGGCGACGAUAGUGACAGUUUUUCUAUAGGACCGAUCUCAUAG